GAUAUUUAGUACUGAGGUUGGUGGUGGCCAUAAGAAAACAUCUGCCACCCACACCGAUGACGGUGUCAGCUGCUUGCAUGUUCCGUCACACCUAAAAGUUAUCAUUGCCGAGCUUCUGGAAUAUUGAACCUCAACCCAACCCAACUUCAUACGUGCAUACCAGCAUACCAGCAUACCAGUACUAUCGGUGAAUGAACUAUGCCACCCCAUAUUGCUCCACAACUCCAAAUUUAUUCUAUUGGUAGCUGAUACUGGACUUUGUUUACCCAACAGCGCUUUUCUUUUUUACGACUUUCAGAACAACUUCGUGCUUCCCAACAUUUUCCACUCAUUGCGCACCAGCCUCCAAUUCUACCGUUCCACAACAGCUACGAGGAGAGCACGAUGAUACUGCCAUAGCUUCACAUACUACAGACGUUCAUCCAUCGCGAUGUCUAAUCUCGACCAGAUAGUCAAAGGCGCUCCGCCUCCAGGAGCCCAUAUUCCUCCUAUCCCAACUACUGGUGUUACACCGUCCGAGCCUUCCAUCACUGAUCCUCUCGCGUCCCUUCCCUCUUCUCCCCCGCAGAUCUACCUUAAUCUUCUAAUCCUCGAAGCUUCACUACGCGCACAGUGGCUACAACUUCGCACGCGAAGGCGGCAACAUGCGUUCUUUUUAAGUUUGCUGGGGCUAUGGAUUAUAUGGUUUGGGUAUGCCUUGUUCCUGGCACCGAGAGAAGACGGUAGUGGUGUAGGCGGAUCUGUAUACUGGGUUGUGGAGAUGACGGAGAAAAUGUGUUUCAUGGGCGGUAUAGUAACAGCACUAUUAAUCUGGGGGACUGGACAAUGGGAGCGAGGCAUUCGAUGGCCGCGGAGAUUUGUGGGUAUUACGAACAGAGGGCUUCGAGGAUUUAAUUGUAAGCUGGUGGUUAUUAAGCAAUCAUGGUGGAAGGAAUUAUUGUCGGCAUUAUCAUUUCUAUUUUCGUACGGCUUGUUCUCGGGCAGCAGCGGUGGGAGCUCAUAUCGUUUUGUGGAUCAAUCGUUAUUGAAAGAGUCGGAGAAGGCUACGAAGAAUGGAGGGCAUCAUGCGCUACGGAAUAUACAUGAUGAUGAUGAUACGAAACGUUAUGAAGAAGACUUGGCACCCGGUGGAGAUUACGUGAAGCUUUUAUUGCUUCCCAAACCUUUCUCUCCUAAUUUCAGAGAAAAUUGGGAUAUAUAUCGUACGGAAUACUGGGAAAAGGAAAACGAGCGACGAAAAAUAUUACGACAGAAAUUGAAGGAACGGGAAAGGAAACUAGCAAAGCAACAAGGGGGAUGGUUAUGGUGGACCGGAUACCGCGGAUGGAGUUCAGGGCAUGCGACGGAUGUUGAGAAGAUUCAUCAUCGACCUCGUCGACAAAGUACUGCAUCGAAACGCGAUAGGAGUGCAAGCGUACGAUCACACUCUCAUUCUCGUAACUCAUCUCGAAGCGCAACACCUACUGCGGAAGCCGAUGAAAGACCUGGCAGUAGUCAUACAAGGAAAGCCAGCAGCGCGUCCACUGCCUCUGAACGUAGGAGAAAGAAGACUCUUUCUGUUCCAACUAGUGGGCAGAAACUCGCCCCUCCUUCUCCCAGAGUUGGAGCCGGAGGCUCUAGAUCAUCUACUCCUGAUGUUCCAUCGCCAUUAGUUAGAGAAAGUAGCUACACUAGUCUUUCUUCUCUAGAUAGUGAGAGGCCGGUUACACCACUCUCAGGCGAUGCUGAUUCCGCAAGUACCAGAUCAUUGAGAUCGUCUACGAAAGGAAAAUCGGGAAAUUUGAGGGCCUCGAGAAUUGAUGCUUUGGCAGCUGAAGGUGGUGAUGAGAAAUAGAAAUAGAUAUCCUUAAUGCUAUGAAUGUCUUAACUUUACCCCCUCUUGUUGAUUUUUUACUGUUGAUCUUGCAAAUGUAUUUUCAAAUUAUAACUAGCGGCUACUGUACUCAUGACUAUUAACCAGGCUUUGAAGAAAAGUAGCAUUGUCAUUCUUCUUAAACUUAAUCAACUCUAGUUCUUAGAAGAACA